CCACACAGCGCUGCACCAGACUCCAGAGUGUGCUGCUGCAGAUAGAGGGAUGUCAUCAACUGGAUGGAGUGGGUGCUGAUCAGCUGUCUUCUCUAGACAUUGACACACAGGAGGUUGCUGGGUUUGUCUAUCGAGACUUGGUCAAUUACAGUGGCAGCUGCGAAAACUUGCAUCGUGCCAUUUCUGCAUGUGAGGAUCGCAUAGUGAAAAGGAUUGCCAGCUCACUGGUCCAAUUGUUGUCCAGGACUAUCCAGAACACAGAUCCCCUCCAUCGUGAUAACCUGAGCAGCAAAGCCUCCACCCGACCAGGCUCCUUAGCCUCUACUCGAUUGAGCUCUGGAGCAUCCUGGGUUACUGAGGAAGCAUGCACAAUCUCUGGGGACAUUACACUUAGAUCUGUUGACCUAAUAGAGCAAUCAAGUACAUGUUCCUUAGAGAUGGCAGAAAACCUGAUGGAUGCAGUUAUGGUUGAGCUCUACACUGAUCCAGACAUGUUUGGCACCCCACAGCCAGACAACCUGAACUGGCCCCAGCUCUCUCUGGAUGAACUCAAUCAAGCAGCAACAGAGGUUUACAAACAGAUGUUGGAACAAUGUGGCUCGGUGGAGAACCUCCAAAGUGCUUUAAGGUCCAGGGAGAAAGAAGUGGUCACCAAAAUGGCCGUCGCAAUUGCUUCUCAAACCUACAGGCUAAUCUCUUUGAAUGAAUCAAGUGGCACUCCUUUACCCAAUCAGGUCUCUCAUCUCAAUGAAUCCUUAUCCAUAGGCAGUUCUCUACAACGAUCUCCUGGACAGUGUUUUAUUUUUUACCAGACAGUAUGGGACAUCAUCUCAGCACUUAUGCUUGAGCUGUGUAAAAAGAAAACACAUGCACAGCAUUUCACCCCAAAACUCUUUCUUAGGUCACUGAGCACACUCUCAGAGUGCACCGGAGUGAAAAUAAUUAAUGAUAAAAAACUGUGUGACAUCUCCAACGAUACCUAUGCCGUUGAACAGAUUGUGCUUGGGGCACGGCGAAAACUCAGUGAACAUUCUAACUACUGGAGUAUCCUGGAGACUUUUUUGACUGCCAAAGAUGAGGUCGCAGCUGGGAGAGUUGUGAUCACUAUUGUUGAAGAAAUAUUGAAAUUCGCAUCACAUCCGUUUGAUGUCAUCCCAGUUCCAGCUUCAAACCUCUACCACAGUGGACCUGGAAGUGAGGCAAUACUACCACUCAAUUUGGCAUUCAGCCUUUCUGAUGACGUCUCAACCCAGGCUACUGACCUCCUCAGUAGGUGUGAGAACCAGCAGACCUCAGAUGUUUGCAGUAUGCGUGCUGGUGUACCACGUUCAGCUUCAGACAACCCAAGAAGAGAUAUGACUUCAGCAUCUCCUGAUAGCGUAACCAAGGGGAUCUCUUGCCAGUCAAGCACAGUUGGCUCAAAGAAAGUGACUUUUACACAAGAUGAUUGCUACAGUAAAUCACAGGCUCUGCCCAAAAGGGAGUCUGAGAUGUCUGAUGAAGCUCCCACCCCACACCCAGCGAGCCGCUUGAGAGGCAGAAGAGUGAUAAGUGUUAAAGUAAAGAAGCAUUCUAAGAAAGGUAGACAUGCAAGACCAAGGAGGCAAAAAAAUGUGGAUGACGGGAAGACAAAUGAAGAAACACAGGCGACGAGUCUUGGAUCAUUCCUCUCAAAAUUCUUUCACUAGAAAACUGGUGUAGCAUAACAGCAAAACUGAACAUGAGACUUCAAUAAAGUUCAGCAACAGCA